UCCAAAAACAAAACAGAAACCGCUUUAACCUCAAUUAUUGUUCCAAACCCCACAAUUCUUUUUCCUUCUACGCAUCCCUAAGCCAAUGCCCGACUCAAAUAAAUCCCUGCUCAAACCCCCCCCCCCUUCACUUAACAACCUAAAACCCCACCUCCUCAAACCACGAAAACCCUCAACCAUGUUAGUUUCUCCAGCAAUGCCAAUAUUCCUGGUGGCGAUGCUGCAGCUAACUCUAAGUACCGUCGCCGCCACCUGGUACCCUGAUUUUCAACUCUUGAAUGUGAAACAAACUCUCUUCGGGACAAAAACACCUAGGCCUCCCUCAACAUCUGAAUAUCCCCAGCUUUCCGAUGUUAGUGAAAGCGAUCAUCAAGGGAAAUGGAAGCUGAAACUUGUCCAUAGGGACAAGUUAUCUUCCAACACUACUACUACUACUUUUCACGACCAUAGCCACCGUUUUCAUGCACGCAUGCAAAGGGAUGUGAAAAGGGUGGCAAGUCUCCUUCGUCGCCUCUCUGGCGGCGGAGGACAGGAGGGUGACGCUGCUUAUGAGGUGAACGAUUUUGGGUCAGAUGUGGUUUCAGGAAUGGACCAAGGAAGUGGAGAAUACUUUGUGAGAAUAGGCGUUGGUAGCCCACCAAGAAGUCAAUACAUGGUUAUUGAUUCGGGCAGUGAUAUUGUUUGGGUCCAGUGUCAGCCUUGUAACCAAUGUUAUAGACAAUCCGACCCGGUUUUUAAUCCGGCUGAUUCUGCUUCUUACUCUGGCGUCUCUUGUGGCUCUUCUGUUUGUGACCGGAUUGAGAAUUCGGGCUGCCAUGCGGGUCGGUGUCGGUAUGAAGUUAUGUAUGGUGAUGGGUCUUAUACAAAAGGGACCCUGGCGUUUGAAACACUCACUUUUGAUCGAACCGUGGUUAAAAAUGUAGCUAUUGGAUGUGGGCAUAUUAACCAGGGCAUGUUCAUUGGGGCAGCCGGGUUGUUGGGCCUUGGGGGUGGAUCCAUGUCACUAGUGGGUCAAUUGGGUGGUCAAACAGGGGGUGCAUUUAGUUACUGUUUAGUGAGUCGGGGUACAGACUCAUCCGGGUCAUUGGUAUUCGGGCGCGGAGGAAUGCCGGUGGGUGCUGCAUGGGUCCCCUUGCUACGUAACCCACGGGCCCCGAGUUUUUACUAUGUUGGGCUUUCGGGUCUUGGAGUAGGAGGCAUUCGAGUGCCCGUAUCCGAAGACAUUUUUCGGCUUACUGAAUUGGGGUACGGAGGGGUUGUUAUGGACACUGGCACCGCCGUGACAAGGUUCCCAACCUUGGCUUACAACGCCUUUCGCGAUGCUUUCAUCUCCCAAACGGCUAACCUCCCUCGGGCCUCCGGAGUAUCCAUAUUCGAUACAUGCUACAACUUAUGGGGUUUUGUAUCGGUUCGGGUUCCAACAGUAUCAUUUUAUUUCUCAAGGGGGCCAAUCCUGACCCUACCCGCAAGGAACUUUCUUAUUCCUGUUGAUGAUGUGGGAACUUUCUGCUUUGCAUUUGCUUCCUCGGGGUCAGGACUUUCGAUAAUAGGGAACAUCCAGCAAGAGGGGAUCCAAAUUUCCUUUGAUGGAGCCAAUGGGUUCGUGGGGUUUGGCCCCAAUGUUUGCUAAGCCGAUGAUGAUGUAAAGAAAUAGUGAAUUUUGCUAGGUACUUAAACUAUAUAUAUAUAUAUAUAUAUAAAUAUGUCUCAUGUAUUAAUAAUGUCAUGUGCUACUUG